UAUAGAAAUCUGUUGUGCCGUUUGAUUUACAGUAAAAAGUAACCAAUGAGUCUAAUUUUGAGUGUAGUAGUUAUAUAGGUUUCCUUUGAACUUCAUGACCAUGAAAAUGGUUGAUGCAACACACAGCAAACCUUGAGACAUCUCUUAGCCAUUUGAAAAAAUAUUCUGCACACAUUCUCCAGCUGGUCUCAGCUAAUUAGUGUGUUUAUGUUGUAUAAUCUGUACCAACCUGUACUGUAUGUUGUACGUUUUGACGCUGCAUCAUAAUUAUGUAACCUCAGCAUACAAGCAACAAUUAAGGUGCGUUCAUUUCAGUGAUGGCAAGUGGAGUAGCCAUUACACAUCUCUGGCUCUAGAUUUUUAAUUGUACAAGUGGAUGCGUGUGUUGAAGGGGGGAGAGAGAAAAAAAAUGAGGCUGCUUCAGUUUUGAAUCCGAUGAGACCGAUGCGGACUCUCGGGAUCCGGCUGGAGAUGCGGAGAAUAAUUUGCCACAGAUUCCUCUGCAUAGUGGAGGCACUAUCACAGACCACGUGAGAAGAAUAUUCAAUGACGGUCCCCGACAGACCGGUUCAUCUCUGCUGGUGCUCCUCUGCUGCUGACAUGGACUCUUGGACUCUGCACAUUCUCAGCUUCCCACAAACGGACGCGGAUGGAGGGCGACACUCCGUCUGAAUGUAACCUUUGAUCUUUUUUUCUCUUCUUUUUGUUUGAUUGUUUCUUUUUUCUUUUCUUUCUUUCUUCUCAUCCUCUUCCUCCACAAGUCAAACAGUGAGGGGGGUUAUGGCUUGGCCGUGCAUCAGCAGAGUGUGCUGCCUGGCUCGGUUCUGGAACCAGUUCGACAAAUCGGACCUCUCCGUCCCGCUGACCAUCCAGAACUACUCGGACAUCGCCGAGCAUGAGGUGCGAUCUGUCACCAAGCAGGUCUCAGCCUCGGAGCGCGCACCCGGGAAUAACUACUCAACCCCAGACCCGCGCGCUGCCGGCUCCCCUCAGGCGUCCGCAGAUGGCCCGGGGACCCGAGGAUCUUUCAGGGCACGGAAGGAGCCCAGUUACAAGCCCCGGGAGGACUACCACCCGCCCGGCGUGCCUUUCCCCAGCGUCACUCAGUACAAGCAGGAUUUCAAACCCUGGCCCAUUCCCAGGAAGGAUAAUUUCCCUUGGAUUAGUAACGGGGGGAGCAGGGCGGACAGUGUGUCGGACAGCCCCGGGAACAGUUACCACCACAGCCAGGCUCAGCCGGGGGAGGGCCGGGGGGAGAGAGAGGAGCGGGGC